AUGGAGCAGAGGACCGAGAAAGAGAGCGUCGACAAGGGCGAUGUCGAGGACCAGCGGUCCAUCAACAUGAAGAAUGGCAUCAAGCCGAACCUCCAGGAGCGGCACAUUCAGAUGAUUGCCAUUGCUGGCAUGAUUGCAAGAUCCGGAAGCGCCAUCUCCAAAGCUGGCCCCGUCGGCGCGCUCCUCGGCUUCAUCGUCAUGGGUCUGGUCACGGCCGCGGUCUCGUAUACUUCCGGCGAGAUGUCUUCGUUCAUGCCCGUCACCGGUGGUUUCACGCGACAUGCGGCUAGAAUGAUUGAGCCUGCCUGCGGGUAUAGCAUGUCCAUCACCGCACCCGCUGAGAUCACUGCUGCCACGAGUCUCAUCGACUUUUGGCACAACAGCGUGAACGCCGCUGUCUGGAUCACCAUUUUCAUCGUUCUCAUUCUCACCAUCAAUUUCUGCGGCGUGAGACUGUACGGAGAGUCCGAGGUUGUCUUCGCCACCUUGAAGAUUAUGCUGAUUGUCGGCAUUAUCAUUGCCGGCCUGGUCGUCGAUCUCGGCGGAGGUCCCGAUCAUCAGCGCCGCGGGUUCUGGAACUGGCAGCAUCCCGGACCGUUCAAUGCGUACCUCGUCGAAGGGAACACCGGAAAGUUUCUGGCAUGGUGGAGCACUCUGAUCACUGCUGCUUUCAGCUACGGUGCCAUCCAAGUGGUUGCCAUCGCCGGAACAGAGACAAGAGAUCCUCGUACCAACAUUCCAAAAGCGACCAAAAGGACCUUCACCAGAGUCGUCCUUUUUUACGUCAUCAGCGUCCUGAUUGCUGGUCUGAUUGUCCGGUCUGACGACCCGAGGCUUCAGGUUUCUACUGGAACAGCCUCGCAAAGCCCAUUCGUCAUUGCUUUUGAAGAGGCUGGCAUUAAAGUGCUCCCGUCCAUCAUCAAUGGCAUCAUAAUCACCUCGGCCUUUUCCAGCGGCUCAGCCUGUGUCUACCUCGCGUCGCGCACACUAUUUGGUCUGAGCCGCGAGGGCCACGCGCCGGCUUUCUUCCAGCAUUGUAAUCGAUACGGCGUACCGGUAUAUGCCGUGGGUGCCACUUCCAUCUUCUUGCCCUUGGCCUAUCUCGUACUCGGGUCCGGACCCUCGCUCGUCUUCUCGUGGCUUGUGAAUAUUACAACGGUCUCGGGCCUGAUCGGAUGGGCUGUCCUGGAGAUUUCAUACCUCCGAAUGUACUAUGCCUUCAAGGCCCAAGGCCGCUCGAGGGAUGAGCUCGUCUACAAGAGCCCACUCCAACCGUUCACCGCCUGGUUCGGUCUUGUGUGGGUAGUGCUUGUGAUCAUAUUCUCUGGCUUUUCGGUCUUCUUCCCAGGAAACUUCUCGACCAGCAACUUCUUGAGUGCUUACGUGAACAUCCCGAUCUUCAUUGUUCUUUACAUCUUCUUCAAAUUUUUCUUGAAAUCAAAGAUUUACAGCACCACCGAAAUUGAUAUCUCGACGGAGUUGGAACUCAUUGCCAGGGAGGCUCCUGAGAGGCGUGAGAUGGAGGAGACAGUGUUGCCGGCGUGGAGACGAGUUUUGGAUAAGAUAUUUUGA